AGUGAAUGUAUGAAGUAAAUGUGGAAACUAAAUGAAGAGUUUGGAGCCGGGUCCACCUAACAUGAAUUACUGCCUUUUGCAUCAAAAGUUGCAGAUGUUGAAUUGCUGUAUCGAGCGGAAGAAGAGUCGAGAGUGGCAUCAAUUACGCAGCAGUGUGCACUCUGUCCUGGAAGAAAGCAAGACCUCAGCUGGAUCUCCUGCGCCCUUGAGUGAGAGUGAUGAUGAUGAGUUCUAUGAAUGUAACGAGAACUCCACGUCUUCGGGUGAUUCGCGCAGCUCUAGUACGUCGGGAAAAAAGCAUCCUGAAGGAAGAUUAAGGCAGCUUGGAGAUAUAAAGCUGCUUAAUUGUGAUGAACCUCUCUACAUUCCAGUCACUCAGGAACCUGCUCCAGUUACUGAAGAUUUAUUAGAGGAGCAAGCAGAAGUUUUAGUGCAGUUGGGAACUCAUGCUGAAGGAGCAGCUCUUCGAGCAAGAAUGCAAAGUGCUUGUCUCAUGUCUGAUAUGGAAGCUUUUAAAGCUGCAAAUCCUAAAUCUGUAUUAGAAGAUUUUGUAAGGUGGUAUUCUCCUCGAGAUCUGAUAGAAGAAGAAGUUACUGAUGAAGAGACUGGAAAAAAAGUUACAAAAUAUCACUUGAGUCAACGUAUGCUUCUUCCGGGAAAUAUGUGGUUAGAAGCCUGGGAAAGUGCACGACCAGUUCCAGCAAGAAGGCAAAAAAGACUGUUUGAUGAUACUAAGGAAGCAGAGAAAGUCCUUCACUUUCUUGCAUCUGCUAAAACAUCUGAAGUGAUUACGUAUCUUAUGCCUAUGUUGAUCCAUUGUGCUUUAUUGCAACUUGCUGAAGAAGAAGAAUGUCCUCGUUCACUUCCUUUAAAACUAGAAGAAACUGCAAUGAAAGCUGCUAAAGUAAUGAGAAGUCCAGAGCCAAAGUAUGAGGGUGUAUUAAGAUGUUUGUAUCAAGCAGAAGUUAUAGUAGCUCAAAUUCAGUCUGUGAGCACAAAAUUUGGCUUGCUAUGCAACUUGGAAGAAAUGCAAUCUAAAGCCACUGAGAGUAUGCAAGAAAUGACUCGAUCAUCUUCAAUGGAAGGAGUUUCUUCAUCUUGGAAAUCAAGCCUAAAAGAUUCAGAAAAGGCCUCAGAACAGAAAGAAAUCCGUAAGUUCGUCUUGGAUCUUCUGGAUAGUUAUGAAGUUGAUGUACCAGGUGCAGGAAAAGGUGUUGUAGGAAAAAGAAUAAGACAUUUAUUUGCUGAAGCUCAGAGAGCAUCACACUUAAUUCUCGAUGAGAAACCUCUAGCAGCUCCCUCAACACCCACUGAAAGCAAUGACAAUCAUUCUACUGUUUCUGAAUUCCCUGCACCGUCUGGUAAGGAAUUUAUUCUCAGAACAUCUAUGUGUCGGCCUCCAGGUUGUACAGUCACCCCUCAACGCAUGUAUUGUGUUAUCACACGAGAGGAGUUUCGGCUGGCUGGUGCAUUCAGUGAAGAUACAACUUUUCUAUGAUUGCACAUUUUUAAUUAUAUAAGAGUACUUUUUCUAUGCGGAUGUUGGUUAUAUAAACAAUUAUACAUUUUUGUUUUUAUUUUAAUAGGCCUGUAAAGCUAUGUAUCAAUUCCACAAAUCUAACUAUGUGAAUUACUUUUAAUAUACAAUACAUAAUUUUUCUAAAUAGGUUAAAAAUAUACUAGAGAAUGCAGACUAUUCUAAAUCCAUUUUCAGUUUUAUUACUGUUCCUAUUGCUUAAUGAAUUUCUAUAUUUAAAUCUUUAAUGCUUAAGAAUCACUGUUAUUGCAUAAAUCUUUUGUUAUUAAUUUCUUGGGCUCCAUGUUUUUAUUAAAUUUUUGAGUUUUGUUAAAUUUACUAAAAAUGGCAAGUUAAUAUUUUUAAAUUGAUAUUUCAUAAAUGAGUAAUAAAUUUAUUUUUAUAAAUUCAGUCUUUUAACUUUAUCUUAUGUUACUCUGCAUGUACAAUAAUGGUUAGGAAUAAUUAAUAUAAUUACUUUUUGAGAAAUUAAGAAAGGAAUUAUCAGAAAAGUUUAGAAAAGGUGGUAACUCUUGAUUAUUCUCAAAAUUUAACUUUAAAUAACCCUAUAUUAUAAAAUAUGUAAACUAUUCACCCAUUAAAAGGAAAUUAAAUGGUGUAAUAUAAGAUAAGCUUCAAAGCCAUAUCAAUAUGUACAUCAUAUAUGAAUUACCUGUGUGCAAAAUGAAAAUACAGAAAAGUCUUUCAGAAUUUGUAGAUAUCAUUUUACUUUAAAUUUUACUCAAUUCUAAAUUAAAAACUGAAAAAAAUGCACAUAUAAUUUUAAUGAACUAGACAUUAAAAUGUAUCAUGAAAACAAUAUAAUAAGAAAGAAUUUUGAAUUGUUAUAAUUAAAACUGAAAACGCAUUUAUUUAUCUGUAUUUAAAUAUUCCAAUUUUAUCUAUAUAUGAAACAGUUUUCCUAUAUUUUUUCAGUCAAGACUGCAUUUUAAAUCAUUUAGAAGUUUUCUAUGGUUUUUUUUAAAACCCUCAUAGUCUCAAACUAAAAAAUAAUAAAAAUUUGGAUGCUAGCUUUCAUUUGUUUGUUUUGUUUUAUUUGCAGUUUUCAAGUAAAUUCAGUAAUUAACUUCCUUGACAUAUUAAGCUAUUGUUAGUUUUCCCCUAAGUUCUAUUUCAUAUUCUGAUGCAAGAAAAUGUUAUGAAGAAUUGGAAAAGAUAUUUCAUACUAAAAUAUUCUGUACACUGUUUUUGCUUAAGAUAACAAAAAGUUAACUUGAAUGUGAAAUACGUGGCAGAUUCAUUAUUUAUUAAAGUAUAUGGUUUUAGAUAGAAUUUGGUGAAUAAUGUAAUUUAAUUAUGAAUUUCUUCCAUUUGUCCAGUUUAUCAGGGAGAAAAAUUUCUUGGUUAUUUAUAAAACAGCUGGAAUAGUUUUGGCAAGAAAAUUAAAUCUACAUUUAGAAGA